UUUUCGAACAUAAUUGAAUAAUUGGUUUUGAUUGACUUGUAAACGUUUCUAUUCAACUAGCAUAUUAUUUCUGUUCAAUCUUAAAUAUUGAAUGCCGCCUUUUUCAAACUCCUUUUCAACGUCCUCUACACAAGAAGGCCAAACUUCUUUUAAAAAAUACCUCAAUCUUGCUUUAGUUUAUGAGUAAUUUAUCAAUGUAAAUAUUGUUCACAAAUGGUUAGUAAAUAGUAGUAUUUACGAAUAAAUUUCAGCUAUAAGAGACCAACUUUUCAUAAUAAUUUCUUGUUGGUAUUUAUAAUAAUCAUUUACUAAGAAACAUCAAAUACUCAAUGUUUUUAUGCCAUACCGGCGUAUGUUAACCUCUCAGCUAUUUACGCGUUAUUUUUUAUUGGUAAAGAUUGUUAAACUAAUAAGUAAGAAUAUUAAACGAAAAUAAUGAAUACAAAUACAAGAGAUGUCCAAAGUUCCUUAAAAGAAGCUCUUUAUGAAACAUUGAACGGAAUUCUUUCUCCACAUGGCGAAACUCGUCAAGCAGCAGAACAAAGAAUUCAAGCAUUAGAAGUGACUGAUGAAUUCGGUAUUCAUUUGACUGAAUUUGUAAUAGAUACCAAUGGACCUUUAGCUAUCAGACAAUUGUCAUCAGUUUUAUUGAAGCAAUAUGUUGAAGCACAUUGGUGUUCUGUUAGUGAAAAAUUUCGCCCACCAGAAAUAACGCCUUCAACAAAAAUGAAAAUCAAAGAAUUAUUACCACUUGGCUUACAUGAGCCUGUCAGCAAAGUAAGAGGAUCAGUAGCUUAUGCAAUAUCUGCUAUAGCACACUGGGAUUGGCCAGAGACUUGGCUUGGACUUUUUGAUAUAUUGGUAGAUUGUUUAAGUAGUCAAAAUGAAUAUGCUAUUCAUGGUGCAAUGAGAGUAUUAAAUGAAUUCACUCAUGAUCUUACUGAUAAUAAUCUUCCAAAUGUUGGACCGAUUAUUCUUCGAGAAAUGCAUAGGAUUUUUGUGACUGAAAGUUACAGUAUUAGAACACGAGGAAGAGCAGUAGAAAUAUUUACAACAAUUGCUUCUCUAGUUGCAUCUACGGGUGUUUAUCAAAAAGGAUUUGUACAUCACCAUUUAAAACCAAUGAUUCCAGCAUUUUGUGAAAAAUUUGUAUCCUGCUUAAGAGAACCUAAUAACGGACCGACGUGUGAUACUGGUCUGAAGACAGAAAUUAUUAAAGCAAUUAAUUGUUUAGUAGUAAAAUUAACAAAAUACGUAGGAAAUUAUUUGCCAGAAAUUUUACCUCCUGUAUGGGAAACGCUGACUCAAAGUGCAAAAAUUUAUCAAGAAGAAGCGAUUAAUGGUGGAAUCGAUGACAGUGAUAUAAAUAGGAAAAAUGUAGAUUCUGAUGGGGAAGUGUUAAAUAUAAAUAAUUUGAUAAUGGUUACAUUUGAUUUUAUAAGUUAUUUAUUAGAUCAUAAAAGUUUCUCAAAUCUUCUCAAUAAUCUUCUUCAAGAAGCUAUAUAUUAUUUAAUAAUAUUUAUGCAAAUAACUGAUGAGCAAAUUGAAAUAUGGACAACUAAUCCGAGUCAAUUCGUAGAAGAAGAAGAACAGGGAGGAUUUUCAUAUAAUGUUCGUAUAUCAGCUCAAGAUCUUUUAACGGCUUUAAUAAAUCACUCAGAUAAUGCAUUGAACGCUCUCUGUGAAAUGAUAACACGACAUAUUGAUGCUGCGAAUGCAAUACGUGCUUCUAGAAAUCUUCAAAACAGAGAAGAAAAUAAUACAUGGAAAAUUUGUGAAGCUGCUGUCUUAGCAUUGAGUGUAUGUAAAGAUGAAAUCAUUGAAAAACUCGAUAGUGGACGUCUUCAUUUUAAUCUAGUUUCAUUUUUGAAUACUGUUAUUUUAGGAUUUCUUAAUGAUCCAACUGCUCAUCCUUUUCUUCUCGGUCGUUGUCUAUGUCUUGGUGGCCGAUUUGCAAAUCAUAUGCCUCCAGAAAUAAGUUCACGAUUUUUAGAAGCAACAGUUAACGGUUUGCAAGAGAAUCAACCCGCUUGUAUUCGUAUUAGUUCAGUCAGAGCCAUAUAUUGGUUCUGUGAAGCAUCCACUAAUUCUAAUACACCUGAGAUUCAUGAUUUAAUACGUCCACAUCUGUCUUCUAUAUUUCAGCAGCUAUUUAGUUUGACUAAUCAACCUUCAACAGAAAUUUUAACUCUGGUUAUGGAAACGUUUUCUAUUUUAGUUGCGGUAGAUAAAGAAUUUACUGCAAGUGUUGAAAAUAAAAUUUGUCCUCUAACAAUUGCAGUUUUUCUUAAAUUUCAUAGCGAUCCGGAAAUUUUAUCACUUUGUCAAGAUAUCUUUAAGGAGUUGUCAGAAAAUUUACAAUGUAUUGGACCUCUACAGUCACGUUUGAUUCCUACACUUGUCAGUAUGAUGAAUAUAAACCCACUCGAAAAAUCAAGUGAUGAAGGUACUCGAGGUGUAGCUUUGGAUAUUUUACAAGUUUUGGUACAAUUUUCACCUCAACCUCUUAGUAAUGCCCUAGUAGAGACCGCGUUUCCUGCGGCAUGUCACUGUAUAAUUAAUUCUGAUGAUAAUGGAACUCUUCAAAGUGGCGGUGAACUUAUUCGAACUUAUUUGUAUGCCAGUGCUCGUCAAGUAAUUCAUCACAGAGAUAAUGAAGGUCGAACAGGAUUGCAUUAUAUAUUGCAAAUAGUUGCACAAUUGCUCAAUCCACAGUCUAGUGAAUUUACGGCUACAUUUGUGGGAAGAUUAGUUAUCACACUUAUUAGAAAAGUUGGAAAUGAUUUAGGAGAAAAUUUAGAUUUACUUUUGAAAGCUGUACUCAGUAAAAUGCAAAGAGCAGAAACAUUGACAGUUAUGCAAAGUUUAAUCAUGAUUUAUGCUCAUUUGUUGAAUACUGAGUUUGAUGCAGUUCUCAAUUUCUUAUCAACAGUACCAGGACCAACUGGUCAGAGUGCUUUAGCUUUUGUUUUAGUUGAAUGGGUAAACCGACAACAACUAUUCUUCGGUACUUAUGACAGAAAAGUUACAACAGUUGCUUUAUCAAAAAUUCUGGAAUAUGGAGUCACAAAUGACGAUACGAGGUUUAAUGACAUUACAGUUAAUGGAGAUGAAAUUUUUUCAACAAAUGAAAGUGGAAUCCGUACGAGAAGUAAAACUCAAUCUCAGCCAUGUCAGUGGACUACAAUACCAAUUUUGGUGAAAAUUUUUAAAUUAAUCAUUAACGAACUCCCUAAUACCAUCGAAUUCGAGUGCGUUAAUAAUCAAAACGCUGAGGAAUCAGAUGAAGACACGGAUAAUGAAGAUAUUUGUAUAGAUCCAGGCAAUGAAUCCGAUUUAAUACGGGCAUUGGAGGAACCAGAAGAAGCGGAAGAUGAUCCAGAUCUUCGGGAGGAUACAAUUUAUCAUUUGAAUAUCAAACAGUAUUUGAGAGAUUUUCUCAUAAAUUUCUCAAAUCAUCAUUGCUUCCCGGCAUUCACUCAACAUUUGAAUCUUACUGAGCGUAAAAUUUUGAGUAAUCUCAAUAUAAAUCCAGCAUACAUCCAGUGAUAAUAAAAUACAAUAGCGAUCAUCAACGCUACACAUAAUUUUUUAUUUUUAAUUUUAAUAAAGCAUUCCCUUUGUCAUGCAUGUAAAAAUGUA